AUGAGUGACGAAAAGAAAGUGAAAAGUGUUGUGUCGCAAGUUGAUGUUUCCGAUCUCGAAUCAUCUUCCUACAACAAAGAAGAUGUUGUAAAUCAAACUGUGAGAGGUUUAAAACCAAGACAUAUCCAGUUGAUUGCUUUGGGUGGAGCUAUUGGUACAGGUCUCUUUGUUGGUUCCGGUGCUGCUUUGUCUACUUGUGGUCCUGCUCCAUUACUUAUGAGUUAUAUCUUCAUGUCUUUCAUGGUUUGGACGGUUAUGAAUCAAUUAGGUGAAAUGGCCACCUUUUUACCGUUACCUGGUGAAGCCACUUUAUAUGCGAUGGCUAGAAGAUACGCAGGUGACUCCUUCGCAUUUACAUCGGGAUGGAACAUUUACUAUGCGCAGGCUAUUAUUGUUCCUGCAGAGAUCACAGCGGUUGCAUUUGUUAUUCAAUACUGGACUGAUGCUAACUCUGCUAUUUUCAUCUCCAUCUUUAUCGUCUGCAGUAUAGCUUUGAAUCUCAUGCCUGUUAAAUACUAUGGUGAAAGUGAAUUUUGGGUUUCCACUAUCAAGCUUUUAUGUUUAACUGGGUUGAUUAUCGUUGGUAUAGUAAUCUUCUUUGGUGGUGGUCCAGCUCAAACUGGUGUUUUAGGAUUCCACUACUGGAAAACACCUGGUGCAUUCACUGAACAUUUAGUCAGUGGAAAUACAGGUAGAUUUUUAGCUUUGUGGACCGCCAUUAUCAAGAGUGGUUUCAGUUUCGUUUUGAUGCCUGAAGUUAUCACUGCUACUGCUGCUGAAGCCGUUUACCCAAGAAGAAACUUACCAAAGGCUUGUGACAGAUUUAUUUACCGUCUUGCCUUCUUCUACAUUUGUGGUACUUUGGUUAUUGGUGUUAUCAUUGGAUAUAAUGAUCCAAGGUUGAUGGAUGCUGUUGCUGCCGGUGCUUCAGGUGCUGCUGGAUCGCCUUUCGUUAUUGGUAUCCAAAAUGCUGGUAUCUCUGUUUUACCACACAUUAUUAAUGCUUGUAUCCUUACUUCAGCCUACUCAUGUGGUACUAGUUUGUUGUACGGAUCAUCUAGAGGUUUAUACUCUAUGGCUUUACAAGGUGAUGCUCCAAAGAUCUUCGCUAAAGUCAACAGAUUUGGUGUUCCAAUUUAUGCGGUUGGAUUAACCUCAUGUUUUACUCUUUUGGCUUACUUGAAUUGUUCUAAUUCUGCCUCUAAAGUCUUUACCUGGUUAAGUAACAUUGCAACAGUUUCUGGUUUCAUUAGUUGGAUACUUGUCAGUCUCACCUACAUUCAAUACCGUAAGGUAAUUAAAUUCCAUGGUUUAGAUUCUAGAGUUCCUUACAGACCAAAGCUUCAAAUGAUAGGUGCUUACUCAAGUGUUUUCAUUUUCACGCUUAUCAGUUUGACUAAUGGAUAUGCUGUGUUCUUCCCAGAUGCAUGGAAUGUCUCUGACUUCUUUGCAGCCUACUGUACUCUCCUUAUCCUUUUUGUGCUUUUCUUCGGGUAUAUGUUAAUCCGCAGGGAUUUCAAGAUGUUUAAGCAUCCUAAGGAUAUAGAUGUCUUCGCCCUUUUAGACAGAGCUGAACAAGAAGAAGCUGAUGAUAAGAUCGUAUAUGAAGCUGAAGCCGCAGAAAAGCAAACAUUUUUGCAUAAGUUAUGGCGUUGGAUUGCUUGA